GCAGCACCACUAACAUUCAUUUGAUCUUAGCUUGUGGCUCUACACGGCUCUCCAGUUAAGUACACCGUUGAAUUUACAACAUCAUCCAACAAACAUCAAACAUGCCUUCCUACACUCUCCACUACUUCAACCACCGUGGCCGUGCCGAGAUCUGCCGUAUGCUGUUCGCAGCUGCAGGUGUGCAGUACAAUGACCGAAGGAUCGAGUCUUCAGAAUGGGACAAUAUGAGAAGCAAGAUGCCUUGCUCAAUGAUGCCAAUGCUGGAACUGGACAAUAGGACCCAGAUUCCCCAGAGUAUGGCUAUGGCCAGAUAUUUGGCCAGGGAAUUCGGAUUCCAUGGCAGAAGCAACAUCGAAAUGGCCAGAGUCGACUACAUUUCAGACUGUUUCUACGAUAUUUUGGAUGACUACUUGAGGAUGUACCAAGAUGGCAACUGUAGAAUGAUGUUCCAGAGAUCCAGGGAAUCAAAUGGAUCUUCUGAACAACGCAUGAGAUACAGGGAAACCUGCCGCAGAAUCCUUCCCUUCAUGGAAAGAACAUUGGAAAUGCGUAAUGGAGGCAGCCAAUUCUUUAUGGGAGAUCAGAUGACAAUGGCUGACAUGAUGUGCUAUUGCGCUCUCGAGAACCCACUGAUGGAAGAAUCAUCAAUUCUCAGCAGCUACCCCAAACUGAUGGCACUGAGAAACCGUGUUAUGAACCACCCUAAGAUGAGCAACUACCUCCAGAAGAGAUGCCGCACCGAAUUCUAAACUGCCUUGAGAACACCCGAAGAAUACAUUCUUUAUGAUGAUGAUGAUGUUGAUCAGUAAAGCAAUGCAUAUAUUAUUGGAUCCCAAUCAUGUUUACAUGGUCUCAGAGAAUCUCAGUGUCUAUCUACCCUAGUAUUUGUCCCUGUUCCGAAUGUGUUUCAAUGUAAAAAUAUAUAUUUGACUGUUUGAUUUGCUUUAGACAAAUUGCAAUAAAACAUUUAAACCUA